GCUGUUAGUCACUGAUAACAUUGACACAGAAUCGCCGCGAAAUUUUUCAGUUAAAAAUUAGAACCCGUCAAGAUCAGCCAGUAAGCCCAAAAAUGCAACCUACCAAAACGGAUUCGCGACGCCGUCUAAACGCUGGAAGCUCCUCGCCACCUGUUUCGGAGUAUAUCAAGGUGGUGGAGUCAGUGUGUGAGACAGAUGGAUUUAGCAAUGAGCAAUGGGUGGAACCAGCGCUUCCCGGCCCAACACCCUGGAAAACCAUUUUCAUUAUCCUGACUCUAUUUUGCGGCGGUAUAACCUGCAUCAUAUUUGCCACUCUGGAUUGGCUCACGGAUACGGAACGAGAGCGAUUGGAUCGGGUUUGGGCACUGACUAUUAUCGGAGCUCUGACCAUUAUACCCGGUGGAUACUACGUGUAUGUCCUCGCCUGCAUUCUCCUCAACCGCUCCGGAUUCACCAUGGACGAUAUACGAAGACUCGGAUGAGAGAAGCUCAAUUAGAAGACUUUUCAUUUUCGUCAAAUAGAGUUUAUUGCAUUUAGACUACAAGUAUUCACACAUUUCAUUGGCAUAAUUUCUUUAGCAACAAUCUUAAUUUUUAGUUUAUAAUUAUACAUGUGUAUUGCCCCAGUAAUUGUUGUAUAAAAAUAUUUGUAAAUACGAGUUUGCUUAUCAAAAUGUAUAAUGCUUGGCGUGGCUUUUUAGUGCGCGGAACAUUUUCUAUCUAUGUAUGUAUAUAAAUACACCACGUCAUAACGAUUGGUUUAUGUAUGCAUGCUUUUUUUUUUAAAGGCGUGAUCUGUACGAUUCUAUAAUAAUUAUGUUAUGGCCAUUUCGAUCUAUUAAGCAUAGUGUAGUACAUUGAAUGUUGAUUUUUGAGCUUACUUAUGUACAAGAUUAUGCGUUUAUUUUGCAUCUAGUUUAGAAUUCUUUACAAACAAUUGCUUUUCGUGUUCAGUUAUAACAGCGCGGAUUACAAGGAAUGGGUAUACACACAAUACAUACAUAAACAUAAUAAUAACGAAAUUAAACUAG